CAUACAUCCUGUAUACAUCCUCUCAGGUCCGACUGCUUCCCGGAAACGAACCUUAAUUCUAAAAGAAACAUGGCGACUUUGUCUGUUAGCCGGGCACCUCUUGGAGGUUUCAGUUUCGAAAACUGUAAAAGAAAUGCAGUUUUAGAAGCCGAUUCUGCAAAGCUGGGAUCAAGCGUACCUGCAGCACGCAAAACUGGUACCACAAUCUGUGGUAUUGUUUUCAAGGAUGGGAUUGUCCUUGGGGCAGACACCAGAGCUACUGAAGGCAUGAUCGUGGCAGACAAGAACUGCUCAAAGAUCCACUACAUUUCACCCAAUAUUUAUUGCUGCGGGGCAGGCACGGCGGCGGACACGGAGAUGACCACCCAGAUCAUAUCCUCCAACCUAGAGUUGCACGGCCUUUCCACCGGCAGGCUGCCUCGCGUUGCUACAGCUAACCGCAUGCUCAAGCAGAUGCUCUUCAGGUACCAGGGCUACAUCGGCGCUGCUCUUGUGCUUGGGGGCGUGGACUGUAUGGGCCCCCACCUGUACAGCAUCUACCCCCACGGCUCCACGGACAAGUUGCCCUAUGUCACCAUGGGUUCUGGGUCCCUUGCAGCGAUGGCAGUAUUUGAGGAUCGCUACAAGCCCGAUAUGGAGUUGGAAGAGGCCAAGAGGCUCGUGCGUGAUGCUAUCGCUGGAGGAAUCUUCAAUGAUCUGGGCUCCGGUAGCAACAUUGACCUGUGUGUCAUCACCAAAGGCAACGUGGAUUACAUCAGGCCCCACGAUGAGGCUAACAAGAAGGGUGUCAGGACUGGUGAUUACAAGUACAAAAAAGGAACAACUGGGGUUUUGACCAAAGUAAUAACCCCCUUAAACCUGGACACCGUUGGAGAGCACGUACAGACCAUGGACACGUCCUAAUCUGCUCCCGUCUCUCUUUAUGUUCCUGAAAACACCCCCUCCUUUUGCCAUUCUAUACCUAGUAGUAGAUAUGGUAUGUUUUUCAAUAAAAAUGAAUGGUUUUCAAUAAAGAUGUAAUGCCUAUACCUGUUAACGUCCCUCUCUGAAUGUGUUAUGUCAUUUGAACAUACCUUGAGUUUUCAGCAAUUUUAAAGUUAAUUCAGGUGCUAUUGAACAUGUGUGACCAGUGGUUGGAAUAAACUCUGAAAUACAGGAUA